AGCGCGGGCCGGCUUGUGUAGAUGAGGGUCGGCGGGGGCUCGCACCGAUGGGACAAGCUGUUUUUCAGAUUAUGGGACUAAGAAUCCAUUUUGUUGUUGACCCUCAGGGUUGGCUUUGUAUGGGCCUGAUUAUCUUUGUCUGGCUUUUCAACACGUUCUUCAUUCCAAAAAUCAUUCUCUUUCCACACUAUGAAGAGGGACAUUUAUCAGCAGUGGCAAUACUGUGUUACUACAUACUUGCAUUGUUCUGUGUUGUUUCAUUACUGAGAGCCUCAGCGGCGGAUCCAGGGAGAUUACCUGAAAGCCCAAAGAUACCAAUUACAGAAAGAGAAUUUUGGGAGUUAUGUAAUAAAUGUAACAUGAUGAGACCAAAACGUUCCCAUCACUGCAGCCGUUGUGGACACUGUGUUCGGAGAAUGGAUCAUCAUUGUCCGUGGAUUAAUAACUGUGUUGGUGAAGACAACCAUUGGCUGUUUUUGCAGUUAUGCUUCUACACACAGCUCCUCAGUUCCUAUACACUACUACUUAAUUUCUGCCACUGUUACUACCUUGAACCACUAAAAAAAAUGAAUUGGGAACUCUUUAUAUUUAGACAUGAACUUGCUCUAAUAAGAAUAUCUACCUUCAUGGGUUUAAUAAUGCUAGUUGGAAUUACUGGACUCUUUUAUACUCAGUUAAUCGGUGUGUUCAAUGAUACUACAAGUAUAGAAAAACUGGCAAACUGUUGUGAAGAAAUAUCGAGACCACGAAAGCCAUGGCAGCAGACCUUCUCAGAAGUUUUUGGCACUCGCUGGAAGAUCCUGUGGUUUAUUCCUUUCAGGCAAAGACGACCACUGCGAGUUCCCUACCACUUUGCCAAUCACAUCUAAACAGAUGGAUAGUGGGCACAGAUGGGUCCUCCAUGCUGGAAAUGUGUUGCAGGUUUUGUGAUAAUAGAACUAUGACAGUCCUCAAGUCAAUUAAAAUCUACCCACCAAUCUUAGACAUCACAAUGUGCCCCAGGCUUUAUUUUAAUAAUAAUGAUCUUGAUUCCGUUGUGGGAUUAAAGGACUUUUCACUGUUUAGUUUUAAAGUGUACUUACUUUCA